ACCAUGCACGCCGCACUACACUGCCCCGCAUGUGCCGACUGCGCUGACAUUUACGUAGUGAACCUCGUGCCGCCGACGACGCACGUCUAUACCUUAAAUACUACGCCGAAUUCCGAAAAUUAUUUAUUUUAUUUCGUGUUACAGUUAAGUUAAGGUGCAUUUUUAUUAACGAGAUUUCAGUUCAGCAGUGAUUUGUUUCGUAUUUUUUUUUUCAAAUAGUUUUAAGAGAUUUUUUUUAAUGAAAAUUGUUGGAAGUGGAUGCUUGACUUUUCCCGGGAUUGCUAUAGCAACGUAUGACGUCAAGUUCAUGGGCGGUUGGUGCAUUUUCGUUCGAUAAUCACCCUUCGAGCUGCUUUGUUCCCGUUUCUAUUUUGUUUACUUUUCGGAUAAAAAGGGCCUGACCGAGCGGCGAGCGCGCCGAAUGCUGUUUUAUGGGGAAGUGCACUCACAGCAGUCAUGAGUCUGAUGGCGAUUGUCAAGUUGGGAUACACCAUAGUGGUGGUGUCAUUCCUGUUGAUGAUAUGGGCAUCUUUAGCAAGAGCGUUAGAAUUACACGUAGACACCGGUCACCCACCGUGUCUCUUCCAAGCUCUCUGUACCUGUUCGAAGCCAGCUGGUGACCUCGGCAUCGUGACCUGCAACUAUGUCCCCAUACGAAGAGUACCCGCAGCAGUUAACAGUUCCAAGGUCUUCACGCUGCAACUCACUGGGAACCAGAUCAGAGAUCUGGAACCGCAGUUCUUUCAAACUACUGGUCUGUACCGGCUAGCAAUAAACCAGAAUCCACUGGAGAGUAUCCACGAGGAAGCAUUUUACGGGCUCGACAACACGCUAUGGGAAUUAGAACUGAAAGAAGACAGACUGAUGGCUGUGCCGAGUCGUGCCUUGCGAUACCUACAGAAGUUACGGCUGCUUGAUUUGACAGGAAACGAAAUAACAGAUAUAACAGGAGACAACUGGCUAGGAUUGGAAAACACAUUACAGACGCUGAUUCUAGCUGAUAACUCCAUAGCCAGUUUACCUCUGGACGCGUUCUCUGGACUGCCGAUGCUUGAAACAUUGGAUUUACACGGGAACCAUUUAUCUGUGAUCGAUAGUGGGGUUUUUAGAGAUGGCAUGAGCAGACUUAGCAAGCUUCUCCUUGGAGACAAUCAGCUCACGUUGAUCCCUUACGAGGAGCUGUCCCCGCUGCGACAGUUACGUGUUUUGGAUCUUUCCAAUAACCUUAUCAAGCAGAUACCUCCAGCACACGAUUUGAAUGGUGUCAAACUAUCAUUGGAUGUUUUGAAAUUGGAUGAAAACAAUAUCAGGAUUAUACUACCGGGUUCAUUCAAACACUUUAACGUAUUGAACACCACAACUCUGGAUGGUAACCCAAUAAACUCAAUACGAGAAGAUGCAUUUCGCAAUGCAAAGAUCAAAUCGUUAUCGCUCCGUGACUGCGGCAUCUCGGAUCUAUCUCCAGCAUCUUUCGCUGGUCUCGAGAACAGCCUUCAAAGCCUAGACCUGUCGGAGAAUAACUUGACAAUGAUCUCCAAAUUCAUGCUGAACAAAUUGGAUUCGUUGCGAUUCUUGAACCUGAGAGAAAAUAAGGUGGAUACCAAUUUACUUGCAACGAACAACCCGCCCGACCAAUUUCAAUCACCAGCAGUUAAUAACUUUCAGUAUAAACUGUUCUUUUUGGACAUCAGUGGUUCGUCUUCUUUGGAAAUGAGCUUACAAGAUGUACGAAGAAACGAGUCUGACAUUGAAUUUUGCCGCUAUCAAAGCAAGAUGAGAUCACUUCGAUAUUUAGCAGUUAGUAAAUUAAUAAGACGAAGUAUAACUGCAGAAGACUUUCUUGAAUUCGGUGUAGAAUUAGAAGAUUUGAAAAUAAUAGGAAGCACAAUAAAUAGAAUUGAAGCAAGUGCAUUUCAACACGUUCGUUCUAUCAAAACAUUAGAUCUCUCAGAAAACAAUAUUGAGUAUAUUGAUCCAUACGCUUUUGCUGAGUUACACAGCUUGACAAGCUUAAAACUAGCGAACGGUUUAGCUGACUCGGUAAAAAUAUUACCAUUUGAGCCUCUAAAAGCUCUUAUUGAGUUACAAAAUCUAGAUAUGAGUAAUAACAAAUUAAAAAAUGUACCUGAUACAUCAUUCCACUUUUUGUAUAAACUAAGAACUCUUAAUUUGCAAGAUAACUUCAUAGAACAUUUUUCAAAGGGAACAUUACAGACUGAUAUUCAUCGGGAGCUUGAAAGUGUGUGCCUAUCACUAAAUCAAAUGCAAAGGAUUGACCAGCAUACUUUCGUAAACUUAAAAGAGUUACAAGAAAUUUUAAUAGAGGACAAUUUAAUAGAAAUAGUUCACAGAAGAGCAUUUACAAGUUUAGAUAACUUGAAAGUCAUUAGGCUGACAGGAAACAUUAUAACUGAAAUAAGUGAAGAAGCAUUUCAAAAUUUGCCAGCGUUGAAAGAGUUGGACAUAUCAUUCAAUCAGUUAGAGACAUUUAAGUUCUCAAUAUUUGACCAAGUGGGAUCCGCUACGGCGUUAAAAGUGAACGUUUCGUACAACAGAAUAAUUUCACUAACAGAUUCGAAUGCUCCUAGCUUCUAUUCAUCAAACUUCUAUCCCCCACCAAAAGCGCAGAGACUUGUAUCUGAUGAUCCCAGUCCUCUACGUAUAGAAAGAGGUCUUGGUACUGUGUCAGUUAAUAUUAGAGUAAUGGACUUAUCACAUAACAACAUUUCUUAUAUUGCACCUUAUUACUUCAGACAUGCAGAUUUAACCUUGUCAGAACUCUACUUAUCCCACAAUCUUAUUAGAAACAUAACAAGGGAAGUUUUCGGUUCUAUGCUUAUGUUGCAGUACUUGGAUUUGUCACAUAAUCAAAUAUUCCAUAUGGAGUAUGAUUGUUUCAAAAAAGUCAGGAAUUUGCAGAUAAUAGAUUUAUCACAUAAUCAUUUAAUUGAAAUGCCCGUAGAAGUAUUCCACGACAUGCAUGGGCUGACUUCGGUUGAUCUAUCUGAUAAUAAUAUAAAAAAUAUUGUUGAUAAUCUAAUUAUUUCUCCAGCAUUAGAAAGGUUAGAUCUUUCUGACAACGACCUGUCAAGAAUACCAACAAAUUGUCUGUCGCCUGCUGCAGCCAUUAAUUUGGUUGAACUCGACCUCAGCGGAAACAACAUACCAGCCGUGGCUAUAGUAGAUCUGGUCCAGAGAUUCAGAUACGAACCGGGCGACUACUGGCCGGAGGAGCCCGACUACAGCGACGAAUACAUGUACCACACCGCUAGGCGAGAUCACACCAGAGUGUUCCAUCAAAAAAAGCAAUACCCGCAGAAUAUUUUAUUUAAGUCUCUAGCCUGGUUGGACCUUUCUGACAACCAUUUGGUGCGAGUCGAGAGUGGUUCAUUUGCGGCAUUGCCUAGACUCCGUUGGCUAGAUCUAAGCAAGAAUACGCCUUUCGUCAACGGUGAACGCGGUGGAAGCAUUUUCAAGGGAUUGGAAAGAAGAUUAUCACAUUUGGGCCUUAGAAAUGUCAGCUUGAUCAAUAUUCCAUCAAUGCCGUUACCGAAAUUAAAGAGUUUGGAUUUAUCGUUCAACAAUCUACCAUCGGUGCCAACAGACAUUACAGCUAAUCUGACUCGUCUACGAACCUUAGACCUUUCAUACAAUGAUUUGACAACAGUGCCCGUAGCUACUCACUCUUUAAGUGAUCUGCGCUGGCUGUCUUUGUCUGGUAAUCCUAUACCAGCUCUGAUGAAUACAAGUAUGUAUGGAGUAUCGCCACGUUUGGAGUAUCUUGAUGUUACACAUUUACGUUUGAAUAUUCUUGAGCACGGCGUUUUCAGUAAAAUGUAUGGACUGAGGACUUUAAAAAUUUCCGUUAAUGGAAAUAUCAGAGAUUUUAACAUUCCUCGAAUUCUAAGACAUAAUUAUGCUUUGGAAAAUCUUUACAUACAAAUAGAUAAUAACCAAAUAGAUCUGGGUAAAGAAAUGACUGGUCAAUUGCCUUCGAAACUGAAUAACAUUACCAUAACUGGGAGAGCCUUGAAGUUCUUGUCACAGAAUGUUCUAAGCGGUGUUAUGUCUCAAACCAUGACGCUAACCAUCUACAAUACAAGCAUCGAAGAAAUUGAAGGUGAAGUAUUCUGGAAACCAGGUCGCAUUGAGAACCUAACUCUGGACUUGAGAGAUAAUUUCAUCACAAGAGCGCCUAACCCCGCUAAAAACGAAUGGCCCGGCGUUCCCAAUUCAUUGUUCCUUCGAGACAUUUUCGUUGCAGGAAAUCCUUUGAACUGCGAUUGUCGUAUUGGAUGGAUUCAAGCAUGGGAUCGUAAGCGAAGGCAAUAUUUGUGUGAAAGUCCAUCAGAAUGUGUAGCGACUAGAGACGACGUCCGAUUCGCAAAAUGUCCUUCCCACUACAAUAGGACUUUUAGUGAUGUAAUUGCAAAAGAUUUGGAUUGCAGUUGGAGUAAAGGAUUUUGGAGAUCUCCUAACUUCUUCAUUGUCAUAGGCAUGGCAGUUUUGACGUGCCUCUAUAUUUGAGGGUUAUUUUGGCUCCUAAGAAUCUCUGAAGAAUUUCACAUAGUUUUGGCAAAGGUGUACGGAACUAAUUAGAUUCUAAUGAGUAACAGAAGCUAAACUAAAAUAUAUGUGUAACUAAACUUCAACAAAAAAUAUUUAUGGAUUGACAGCGUACCUAGUGAAUUUUGGACAUAAUGGGUACUACAAUAACGUUCAAGAGCUAUGUACGCUAACAAUGAGAAGUGACGUCAAGCUUAAGUAAAAAUCAGCUUGAAGACGUUAUUAAAAAUGAUUGAUGAAACAUGAGUGAGACGAUGGAGUGAUAUCUCAUCAACUCAUUAUACUGUACCUGUCAAGUGGCCUACUCGAUUGUUUCGAGACUAUACUGAAUAGCCAAAUCCUAAUUAUUGUAGUGAUUUUGGAGGUAUUUGUUGUAAGGGUCGACGGUGAAUUACGGAAGAUGUUCGUGAAUUUUGCUAAUAAAAUGAGGACUUGAUUAUAAAGAAUCACGUGGAAGCCUAUUAAUUAAUUGUGAUUUAUCAAUAUUCUGAAAGCGAUGUGUGAUCUCAAUGGAUUGUUUAUACAAAGUUACCGUUUUAAUAAUAAUUGGAUUUAUUUGUGUUUGUACCUUAAAGUUUUCCCACUGGAGUAGGAAUAAUUUUAUAGAUUUAACUAUUACUUUACUAAUUUAUAUUAAAAAGCAUAUAUUAUUGUAUUUGACGUAUUACAUUUUAGUGACAAUGUGUAAUAUUUUCGUAUUGUAAGUGAAAUUAAAAAUUAAGCAUUGUGAGUGAAGUGCACUUAAUGUGAUCCUACAGUUGCAAUUUGAACUUACAAGUUCAUCAUAAGCAAUGAAUUUCAGUAAAUUGUCUAAAUAGACUGCAUUCACUCGAAUGACAUGUGUUCGUCCAUUGUUAAGAUUAAGUUAUUAUUUAUAUUGUGUUUGUGUAUUAGGGUAAUCGUCACUCAUUAUUUCACUUAUCGAUUUAAGAAUGUGUGUAAUAUAUGACAUAAUGUGCGCAUAAGAUAAGAGAAAACGCUAGUUAAAAGAUGAAAGUGUCACAAGGAACAACAACAUUCCUUUCGAUAAUUUACCAAGAGUUAACUUGAAACUGACAACAAAAAUCCCUUUUAAAAAAGUUAUUUAUUUUACACGAUUUUCCGCAAAGACAUUUUCUAUUCAACAGAUGAAAGUUUGUAACAAGGUCCUUGCAAACAAUAUAGCAAAAUUUACAUUUUUGGGUUCGUUUGUUUAUUCAUUUUUUUAUUAUAUUUGUUUUAGCAACGUCUCAAUAGCCUGCGCUUCUGUAGAUAUUGUUUCUAUGAAUAAUCUUAAACUUUGUUUGAAUUUUGCUUUAACUCUGUCUUUGCAAACAGGUCACUGUGGAACAGUUGUUAGAUUGGUUUCAUCAGAUUAAUAUACCAAAAAACUGUCCAAAAAACUUUCAGCUGUUGUAUAGCAACCCAAAAUUGCCUAAGUCGUCUUCAAACAUUACUUCUUAUAAUUUAGUAGCUAAUUUGUAUUAAAAAUAAUAGCUACGUAUUUCAAAAAGAACUCCUUUUGUCUCAUCGUCGAAUAUAUUUCAUAGUAUAUAUACAAAAAGCUUUACCUAUACACUAUUAACAUAUUGUACUUUUACGCAGAGUCUAUCAUAAAUAAAAUUGCUUUCUAUGUGUACGCUCAUUUUAAUUGUUUCUACUUCAAAGUCUAUCCGGUUAUCUCUUUUAAAAUUUAUUAUCUAGACAUGUUUCUACUUCAGUAGCUAUAAAUAUAACGAUUAUAUACAAAUCAUGCUGUAAUAUAUGUCAUUAAUUAGAAUUGUACUGACUGAAUUUGAUAACUACAGUAUAUAAUACUACUAUUUAGUGCUUAGUUACAUGGUGUUCGAUCUUCGACAUCAAAUUUUAGUAUCUAAUAAUUAAAACUUUAUUAUGGUUUUCUCUUCGUUUGACUUUUAAAAUUUACACUUUAAACGGGCAAACAUUUUAAUAUUCUUAGUACACAUUAUUAGGUUUUUCAUUAAAUUUUUAUCUAUAGCCAAUUGCAUGUUAGUCAGUAGCUUGAUUAAACUCUAUUAAUAUAUUGAGUGAAUAAAUGGAAUACCUCUUUUCCAGUGGUCCAUAAUGAAUGGUGUCAGGCCUACAUGUUGAAUUUUGUUUUCAAUACCAUUAUAAAGCAUAAUUCAUUAAAUAUCAUUUAGUAUUUUAGUAUCUAAGUUUAGAUUUAUAUUAGUGUUUUUUAUGUAAUCACGUUUCUUUUUGCUUCAAUUAUUGAAUAAUAGUCCUAAAAGUUUCUCUACACAGCAGGAGAGAUAGAACAAAACGGCGACGGCAAGGUUAUUUCGAAUUGUAAUUGACCUUAAAGUAAAUCUUCCUUUAGGACUAUUGUUCGAUUAGUCACAGUAGCAGCGGAGCUAGUCUCUCCACUUAUAAGUUUUCUAAACGCGUUGAUUAAGAUUUUGGAUUCCGAGAAGCAACUGAGCAAUUAUUUCUAUGGGAUUCAGCUUAAAUAUUUAAUCUAACUCACUACAAUGCGUUUUUAAAUUUGUGCAACGUACAUCAAGACUCAGUAUAUCCACACCUCUCCGCUGCCGUGUUAAUAUCAAAUGAAGCAGUAAUAGCAUUAUGUACUCCUUGGAUUGCUAAAUAUACUUAGUUUUAUUAUAUUGCUGAUUGUGGUAAUGAAAACAAAAGGUUAUCGUUUGUUGUGACAAUGAAUAUAUUUUGUGAUAUAAUCUUUAAUCCUUCUAUUUUUGAUAAGCCUACAAUGAAUAUUGCUAAUCUUUACGGGAAUUGUAUAGCAGGAGAUAAAAUGGUUACUAAAAUAUAGCGGAUACAGCUUGUAAGAGUGUAGAUUCCUGAAUAGCAUGUCAAUUUUGUUGGAAUUGCCGAUUUGCUAAAUAAACUAGAUACCUUAUUGAAUUAUUCAAACUUAAUAAUGUAUCACUGUAAUGUUUUAUAUUGUAUCUGCAUUCUUCACACACUGUGUACCUAAUGUUAAACCGAUUUCCAUUUGUUUAGUGAAAACCCCGUCUUAUCACAACGUCUUUCAAUUAUGAGUUUCAACUCUAACAUUAUUUGUCUCAUUGACAAACCUUAAGUCUGUACUUAAGGUAACUCUUAUUUUAAGUGUUACUUUUAUUAGUUUAUUUAUUAGUCCGUUGUACUUAUUUUAUAUUUCAGGAAAUUAACAUUUAAUAAAUUGCUACCCUCCAGGUUUGCCGCCAUUUAAUAAUUUCUACUAAAUAUAAUUGUUUACUUUAUCCAAGUUUAAAUUUACAAGCAAACUCGGCAAUUUCAGAUAUUGUUAGUUAGUAACUCGUUCAAACACGUACCAAAAAAAAUUGUUUCUUAUCUAGUAUAGAUGUGUCAUCAAAUUAUCUUAUUCGUUCGAAUUUAAGCUUUAUAAUUAAAUUAAAUAAAGUGUUUCAUAAUUUGCGUAUUUAGAUUAUUUUGCUAAACUCCGCGCUACUUUUCAUUUAUCAAUAGUUUAUAAGUAAAUAUAUUUUCGAGAUUCUAAUUUUAUUUUCAUACGCGAGAUCCGAAUGUGAUAGUAUUUAGCUAGUGCCAAUAAAUAGUUUAAAUUAAAUAAUAAAACUGUAAUUUUACAAAUAUUUAAAAAAUUACUACCUAUUUUAUUCUUAAUUAAAUACUCGGAAAGAGUAUUACUGUUUUCAAUAGGAACUUUAUCAAUAUUUAUACUAAAUUACACAGUUACUCUUAACUUUGUUGUUAGGGACUAUUCGACCUCGUAAUUUCUUCAUCAUGUACCAAAAUACUGCUAGAGACCAGUCAAGUCAAUAAUAUUGUCUUCGACGUCCCAAAGUCAUGUGAUUGUGCUUCUAUCCUCAUACGCUUGGCUAAUAUGUCUAGAAAACCAUUUUGAAGUCUGUAUUUGACUUGGCCUUAAUGUCUUGUAUUGUCUUAACUUUUAUUGAGACCAGUUAAGUCAGCUAAAAUAAAUAUCGUCUUCGACGUCCCAAAGUCAUAUGGUUUUGCUUCUAUCCUCAUACGCUUGGCUAAUAUGUCUUGAAAACCAUUUUGAAGUCUGUAUUUAACUAGACUUUAUUGUAUUGUCUUGGCUUUUAUCAAAACAAGUGUGGAGAGGUAUCUUCUUGACAAGUGAGAUGCUGGUUAAAGACAAAGCCAUCCAUAGUCUCGUUUUAACAUAACCGUAGAUAAACCAAAAUAAGAGAGAAUAUAAUAUGCAGUCAUUUGAAAUGGAACAUAAACGUAAAAACGUAAUGACUAGUUCCAUAAAGAAAAUUGGGAUGAAAUGUUGGUACAACGGAGAUAGAGGCACUAAUGAUGCUCGUUACUUUUCUUCUAACGAAAAAAUAAAUCUGCCAUUAAUUUUAUGUAUUCGAGCACAAACGACCACGUAAUUAGAAGGGAAGGACAUUCAUGCUAAUACGCAGAGAAAAAUAUAUCUAACAUCAAUAAUAUUAUUGAAGGAAUAAAUAAAAAAAAUAUCUUAGCUAUUGUUGAUUAGCCAAAAAAACAUUGCUUCAAACGCAAGACGCAAGAUUAUUUAAAAUUGAUAUUAUUAGUAUUUCAUCAUCAUCAUCAGCAAUAACCGAUGGUGUUAUACCUCUUGCAUGGACUUCCAAACACAACGGUCUCGAGCAGCCAGCAUCCAGCGGCUCUCUGCAACCUGCCCAACACUCCGGUGAGGUCGCUAUUCCAGCACCUUGGGACCCCAACGUCCAUCGGCUCAUUGAACUAUGUGCCCUGUCCAUUGCCAUUUCGGCUUCGCGACUUCUCAUUUCUGAUUAUUGUUUAUAUUUAUUUGAAAACCACAAUAAACAAAGGAAAGGAAGGAGUUAUACAAGAAUAAAAAUUUAGAAAAAGUCGAUCAUUUAUAUAAUUUUAUCUUUUAAAUAUUGUUUUAAAAAAUUAUACUCGAGUUCCUAUUGAAAAAAGCAAUAAUCGUAUCUAUUAUUAUUAUGAUUGUUUAUUAAUAAUGCCUGUGAAUGUUGUAAAUAAUGAAGCUACCGAUGGAUAUAAGUCUCGAUGUGUCGAUGGAUUUGUUGUAAAUGUACCUUGAAAAGGAUUAGGGCAAGGAUUGUAAUGUCUUCACUACUUAAAACAACUCUUUAAAUAGUGUGAAUUUAAAAAUAAUCAUUGAAUUAUUAGCAUAUAAAUAAAUUAUUGAGUUAAUAUA